UAAAACCGCUGUUCAUUAACGUGGUUCGGCCAUGGCGAUGGAGAUCUCCCACCACCGCGUCCCGUCUAUCGCCGUCGCCGCCUGAUGCGCCCUCUACUUUCUCGCAUCACCGCAGGUCUCGCCGCCGCCGCCCUCUCCGCCUUCCCCUAUCCCUCCCCUCCUAAUAUCCUCUUCUUUGUCGCAGAGGUCGCCGCCCACUCGGCCCUACACCUUUCUAAACCCCCCUCCCUUCCCCCUCAUCUUCUUUCCGCGCCUCGCCGUCGCCUCUACCACGUGGUUCCCAUGAAACCGCCCUCCUCCUCCCCGCCGCCGCCGCUCACCUUCUCGUCUCCCGAGUCUCUCUCCGAUUGGAUUCGGCCUCACCUCCCCGUCGACCCUGUCGCCUCGUGGGGCGCGGUUCCUGGCACCAAAUCUCUCAGCAAUCUGUGGCUCGAGAUCAACCAUGGCGAGACGAGUCUCGAACUGAAACCAAAUUCCCAGGAUGAUGCGAGAGGCGAAAAAGAUGGAACCUUUACCGUCCUCCGAGUUGUUAACGUGACUAUCGUCAGGAUCCGCAAUUCUAGAGGCGAAGUCCUUGUCGAAUCCCACCAGCUUCUCUCUGAUGGCACUGUGCGACACAGGUCCCGCCCCCUUUCCGAGAAGAUGAUGCCCGGGGAGGCUGUGGAGGAAGCUGCCCAUCGUGCAGUUCGUGAGGAAUUGGGGAAAGAUGUGGUAAGGAUUUUACCUGGCUCGUAUCAAAUGAGGGUGGAGGAAAGGGCUUCCGCCUCUUACCCAGGCCUCCCUGCAAGGUACAUUUUGCAUUCAGUUGAUGCCGAAGUGGAAGGAUUACCGGAGGUGGGAGAGUUCUCUUCGGAAGAGAAUGGAGAGGGUGUUGAGGCAGUGGAGAAGGCAGUUUUUGUUAGGAGGCACUUCUGGAAAUGGGUUGAUGUUGAUGGCAUCAUACAGCAGUCCUAGCGAUGAUUUGGGGUGAAGUUUUGGUUAGAUUUAUUACAGUUACUAACCUAUUUCAUAUGCAUGAUCUGCAAUUACUAUAGAAAUUUGUUUCUGCAUUGGCGUAUAAGGUGAGGGUAUUGAAAGAUUGGAACAAUGCUGAUAGUUCAUUAGUAUGUAAUCAACAUGACAGCUGAAAUUUCUAUGUCAAAUUAGUUUUGCCCUAACAAUUGAUGCUAUAUUACAUAUUUUA